AUGGUGUUGUCUAUGGUGAGCUCGGUAUACGACCCUCUGGGAUUCGUGAGKCCAGUUAUCCUUCCUGCCAAAUUUAUUCUUCAAGAACUUUGCCGUAAGAAGCUGGGCUGGGAUGAUCCAAUACCUGCAGAAGACAACCGUGUUUGGCAGACAUGGAUUCAAGAUMUCCACAAGCUUGAAGAAUUUACGAUYAACCGAUGYUUAAAACCUGAUGAUUUUGGAGUUAUCAGACGUUGCGAGCUUCAUCAUUUCUCUGAUGCGUCUGAGAAGGGGUAUGGCGCCGCAUCUUACCUACGUUUAAUCAACGAGUUGGGAAGAGUUCACUGCACUCUAGUAAUGGCGAAAUCAAGACUCGCACCUCUGAAAACAGUAUCGAUUCCUCGACUAGAACUGUCAGCUGCGGUACUUGCAACGAGGCUCGAUCGAAUCAGUAGAACAGAGUUGACUCUACAAAUCGACUCCUCAACCUUUUGGACUGACAGUACCUGUGUUUUGCAGUACUUGGCAAAUAAAUUGGCCAAUAAAAACAGGAGAUUUCAAGUGUUCGUGGCCAAUAGAAUAGCCAAGAUCCUUGAUCGAUCAAAUGAAACACAAUGGCGAUAUGUCGACACAGAAUUAAACCCCGCAGACGAAGCAUCCCGUGGUCUGCCGGUCGAUGCGUUUCUAAAUGACGUACGAURGAUCGAAGGCCCAUCCUUCCUGUACAAAACCCAAGACGCUUGGCCAYGCCAACCGAAUUUCGGGYAACUAAAGGACGAYGAUCCAGAAGUGAAAGCUGAGGUAACAUCAACUGCCACUACAACCACAAGGAAACACCCAAUAUCAACUGCCAUYGAAAGGAGUUCGUCCUGGAACCGACUGAGGAGAGUUGUAKCGUGGAUGUUGCGCUACAGGCAAGUACUAUUAACCGCCGCACGGAGACGAAAGGAAGGUCAUUCGGUCGACUGCCUAAAGAAAGCCAAAGUGGCACCCAUAAGCAUAACCGAAAUAAAUGAAGCUGAGUUUGAYAUCAUCAAGUGCGUUCAAAYAGAAGCCUUCAAGAGUGAAAUCYUCACYCUUGAGUCAAGCGGCCUAUCAGCAAAGCCUAAGGAAAUCCUUAAAGGAAGUCCAAUCUACAAGUUGGACCCAAUACUUACAGACGGACUCGUCCGAGUCGGAGGAAGAUUAACCGCUUCGCCGAUUGAGUGA